AUGGGAGAAUCAAAGCCUGAUACCGCUGAAAGCAACAAACAAGGCUGCAAAAAUGGUCAAACAUGGUCUUCGUUGUCAUAUCUCAAACGGCGCGAGUUAUUCGGGAUUGCUGAGCGAAGCGACAUUGUUUCUUCAAAAUAUUACAAACAUUUUGCCUUAAGGAAGAUUUGGGAUCCAGAAGAUAGACCAAAUGACGAUGUACAUGGAGCCAUUUUCAAUGUGGAAUUUUCACCUACUGGCGAUCUUCUUGUCGCGGCGUGCGAAAAACACAGCUUGCUUUUCUUUGAUCCUCUUAGCCAACGGUUAGUGAAGACUAUACGGUCGGCUCAUGGCGAUUGCGUAAAUUGUGUGCGUUUUCUGGACACCAGGAUCUUUGUAACAUGUUCUGAUGAUACCACUAUAGCUCUUUGGGACUCUAGGAAUCUAAAAAGUAAGGUUCUUAGCUUAGAAGGGCACUCGAAUUGGGUCAAAAGUGUUGAAUACCACCGACCAUCCGGCCUUCUUGUGACGUCGGCAUUCGAUGAUACCGUGAGGACAUGGGACAUAAACAGGUACUCCAGUGGAGAUGGAGUGAGUAAUCAAAACAACAAGAUUGUUCUUCAGUUUUCCAAUUUAAUUCGAAUGAAACUGUGCCCCGAUGGAUCCAAAAUGAUCAUCUCGGCCAUUCCUGGAAACUUACUGGUACUGCAUAAUUUAAACCUUGAUUACUUACAGUAUGACAUCGAAGGAGAAGAGUAUCCAUUCUGGAGUGCCUCGGAAUCUUCACUCGUUAGCUAUGCUAGUCAUCGAUGGCCAAGUAAGGAGCGUAACGCCCUGGAGAUGGUUCAAGAUUUCCCAGAUGAAUGUUUGCCCUGGUGUAUUUCAUCUUUAGAAGUUCAUCCUCAUGGCUGGUGUACUCUUGCACGAUACACAUGCAAGAAAUCAAGAAAUGAGUGGACUGUUCUUCAUGAUAUUCAGGAUGUCGCUGAUAUGAGGGAUGGUUAGUAUUGAAAACUUAACAAUUUUGUAUGUUAUUCGUACCCUAAGAAAAACUUUUCCCUUUUUCAAUCCCUUAGCCGUUGCCCUCCCUAGCUAUGGAAAUUAUUUUAUAGUAUAAACAUCGGUGUUUAACAGGGAUUCCAGCCCUGAGAAAAGGGAUUAACUGCACAAGUGUAAAAUUGUGAUCAUAAUUCUUUGAUAUUUCCAAUCAGCUGCUGAUACAUCACUUACCUUUCAAUUGCCAUGUUAUCAGGUUCAUGAAUGACAAGCAUUUAUGGUCAGUAAAGGCCUAUGGAGUUUAUAGCAGAGCUCGCAGAGCAUAGCCCCAUAAUUAUACAAAAUAGUAGUGACCCAUUAAGCCGAAAAAGUUUGGAUGUACGACUGUACGACCAUACGACUGUACAAGGUGCUACUUUUAACAUGCGAGGUUAACUGUACUGUGGGCACCCCAACACCACAGCUUUGUUCAAUAGUCCAGCGGUCAGUGCACUGGGCUCUGAGUCGGAUGACCCGGGUUCUAGUCCUUGCCUGGGCAGGGUGUUUUGCCCUUGAAACAUGCAGGGAAAAAAAAUGCAAGCUCCACUUUUAGGCUUGGCUAAAUCUAUAUAUAUUAUGAUAAACAAAAUGACACAUGGAUGCUUUUAGAUGUACGAAUUUCUCUUCUCCUGUUCAACUUGAAAAGAAAUUCCAUAGCUAUGCAUGCCCAUGUAUUUUUCUCUUUGAAUCACUCUUACAAGAUAUCCUACAUGUUUAUUUAUUUAACAUAUUAAUAUUAUUAUUAACUUCUAUUGUAGGUGAAGACAAUGCAACUCCUUCACGCCGCCUUACCUACAGUAUUAAGGAGCCCAAUGUAGCCAGGGGUUACAUAAAAGAACAUUGUUUUAGCAGUGAUGGAAGAAUCAUUUGUUCACCAUUUGGCAAUUCUGCCAGAAUCCUUGGUUUUAGUAAACAUUGUGAAGAACUGGCAACUUGUGUUCAGGAGACACCUUCAGAGCUGUGCGAUUUAAAAACACUUAUCAGUCAUAAACAUGCUGUGGUGACUUGUAGGUUUUCACCAACUCACUCUCUUCUCUCUUUGGGUUGUUUAGGUGGCAAAGUAAGCUUUUACCAACCUAAACUUUGA